AUGGCACACACUCCCGCAUUCGACGCCAACUUGGCCUCCACGCCCGUCGACUCCGCCGCUGAGGACGUUAGGAUCCUUGGGUACGACCCGCUGGUCUCGCCCGCGCUGCUGCAAGUGCAGGUCCCCGCGACGGCGACCUGCCUCGAGACCGCAAAGCGCGGCAGGAGAGAGUCUGUAGAGAUCAUCUCCGGGAGGGACGACAGGGUGCUCGUCAUCGUCGGCCCCUGCUCCGUGCACGACCUGGGUGCCGCGCAGGAGUACGCGACCCGGUUGAAGAGACUGUCAGACGAGCUCAAGGGGGACUUGCUCAUCGUGAUGCGUGCGUACCUCGAGAAACCAAGGACCACGGUCGGGUGGAAGGGCCUCAUCAACGACCCGGACGUCGACAACACUUUCAACAUCAACAAGGGGCUGCAAGUCGCUAGGCAGCUGUUCGUGAACCUCACGGACCUGGGGUUGCCCAUCGGGUCGGAGAUGCUAGACACCAUCUCCCCACAGUACCUCGCUGACCUUGUCUCCUUCGGUGCCAUUGGCGCGAGAACGACCGAGUCGCAGCUCCACAGAGAGUUGGCCUCAGGGCUAUCGUUCCCUAUCGGGUUCAAGAACGGCACGGACGGGACGCUCGGUGUCGCCAUCGACGCAUGCCAGGCUGCAUCCCACUCGCACCACUUCAUGGGGGUCACCAAGCACGGUGUUGCCGCAAUCACCACCACUAGAGGUAACGAGAACUGUUUCGUCAUCCUGCGUGGUGGGAAGAAGGGCACCAACUACGACGCGGAGAGUGUCGCCGCAGCAAAGGCCGCCCUCCCAGAGGGGUCCAACGGGCUCAUGAUCGAUUACUCCCACGGGAACUCCAACAAGGACUUCCGCAACCAACCCAAAGUCAACGACGCUGUCUGUGAGCAGAUCGCCGCGGGCGAGCGUGUCAUCGUCGGUGUCAUGAUCGAAUCCAACAUCAACGAGGGCGCCCAGAAAGUGCCCGCGGAGGGCGGCAAAGCCGCGCUCAAGUACGGUGUCUCCAUCACGGACGCCUGCAUCUCCUGGGAGACCACCGAGGACGUCCUGCGCAAACUCGCGGGCGCCGUCAGACAGAGAAGGGAGAAGAACAAGAAGUAG